AUGGCUAAAUAUCGAAACCAGCUACCACAACUUUCCGAUAGAUUCUUCAUUAUUAGCGGUGGUUUAGAGACAUAUUUGGUCUAUCAAAAGAAAAUGAAUCUUCCUUACUCUGCCACAUUCCCUGUUCUGAAAUCCGAAGCGGGAUGCGAAGUAAUCAAAGAUUACCUGUCUCAGUUUGCUAUGAUAGCAAAAAAGUACGGUGCUGGUCUAAUUUUCCAAGCGGUGACAUGGCGUGCUAGUCCUGAUUACCUGAAAAAACUAGGCUACGAAAUCGAAGACCUUCCUAGUAUCGUUCAACAGGCUGUUGAUCUGCUUGUUGAUAUUCGCAAUGAGUACGAAACAGAAACAACACCAAUUGUUAUCAAUGCCAGCAUGGGACCACGUGGAGAUGGCUACAAUCCGACGACAAUCAUGUCUCCUGAUGAAGCACAAACGUAUCAUUCGACACAGAUCAACGCGUUCAGUCAAUCCAAGGCAGAUUUCAUUACUGCAUUUACAUUGAAUUAUCCCGAAGAAGCAAUCGGAAUCGUUCGUGCUGCUAAAGCCGUCAACAUGCCCAUUGCUAUCUCAUUCACAGUCAGUUCCGAUGGUCGCUUACCAACAGGACAGUCAUUGAAAGACGCAAUUGAAAUGGUGGACAGUGUUACGGUCAAAGCUCCUAUUUAUUAUAUGAUUAACUGUGCACAUCCAAAUACCUUUGAAAAACUCUUAGAUCCAAAAGAAGCUUGGGUGCAGCGAAUUCAUGGUUUCAAAAGUAAUGCGUCGAAGAAAACGCACGAACAACUAGAUGAAAGUAAAGAAUUGGAUGAUGGCAAUCCGCAAGAGUUCGGCCAAUGCAAUCUUGCACUACUAAAGAAAUUGAAACAUGUGAACAUACUUGGUGGAUGUUGCGGAACAGAUAUCCGCCAUAUUGAAGAAACAUGCAAAGCCUGUUGCAACGCGUGCACUUGA